GAAGAAGAUCCGGGUUGAGCCGCCUCCACCCGCCCUGCCUGCUGCUGGUCCGUCAGACGGGACAACGCAGACAUUUGUACCACGCCUACAAUUCGACUCUUCUAGCAGCGAGCAUCCACACUCCCUUGGCCAGGUCACGACCAAUAUCCCACCCCGAGCAAGAUCCUCAGCUCCCGUGCCAACUCUCAUAAUAGAGGACGAGGAUAUCACAAUCGUGGAUGACUGCUCCCAGCAAUGUCAACCAAUCAUUGCUCAGAACAACCCGGCAGGCAAAGAUCCACCAGUCAUAGAGCGAUCCUCAGGAAACCAACCACAAAAACCGCGUGCUCCUGUUGUUGUUCUCCCUGAACCACCACAUACUGUGGCAUCGACAUGGGAUGUCUCUAAUGCUCAUCCUCUAACUCAUGGAAAUAGCAGAAACCAGAAUUCCACACGACUGUCGAAGACUGCACAAAAGCGACCGAUGCAAGCCCCGCUCACCAUCGCCCCGCUCCAUGCAGCUGGAGGCUCUGCCAUCACGUAUGCUGGUCCUAGCGCUCGUCCUGGGCGUUCCUUCCCCUCUCCUCCGGAUUCUCCUCAUCCACGUCCGACCAGGACGGCACUAACCUCGCCUCGUCCUGAUCAAUCGCCAUCUCCUCAUCCUCACCCCGUUCAGCCUGAGCCGCCGGUGCCGCAGACCGAGCCUCAAGCAUCCAUUGCCGCCAAUACGAAGACCAUUAGCUCGGCGGACAUUCGCGCUCUCAUAUCCAACAUGCGCUCUGAUGGUCGGCUCGCCCCGCCUCCCGAUGUCCAAUACAUCCAUACUCGCGCACGCAACCCCGACCCUGCGUUCGUAACAUUCCAAGCAGGGCCCUCACUCAGACCUUCCCAGUCGCGAGCCCGGAAAUUGGCCUACGAACUUACGAUUAAUCCCGGUCUCGAGGCCGCCGAGCCGAAGCUCAACGACCCCGACAAGCGGGAGAUGGACGUCGACGGUAGGGGACGCUCCGAGCCCGAGCCUGAACCGACGCCGCUCGAGGAGUUCAACGGAGAAGCUGGGCAAGAGUUGGAAGAUCCCCAUAAUAUUGACGAUCUGUACGGGGACGUCGCUCCACGCUACCGCAACCAGCCUCCAAGGCGUUCUAAGUCGAAGACCAUUCCUCCGCCUUCACCACCACAGGAGACCACAUUGCUCUUCUCUGCGCUUGACAAACGACCGUCUAAACCAGACGCCCUUGGGCUUCUGCUCGACAAGCAGCUGCGAAUCGAGGAAAAUCGUCGAGCCAAGGGCAACGCUGCGUCCCGACCGCGUAAGCUAGUUGCACCGCAGGAAUUGAAGGGGAAGGCUUUGAAGAGGAAGCAGAAGACGGGCCUCUAUUUCUCUAUUCACGAGGAGCGGGAACAGGCUGCAGCUGGUUAG